UGUCUUUCCCUGUGAUGGACUAUCAACCCCACCUCUUGCCCAAUGACACUCGGCACCAGCCCCCCGGAAUCCUGCAAGGUUGUCAACCAGAUCUGAAGGUUCACAUCUCCACCUCAGAGGCAACAUGAAAAAUGAGCCCCGACGCACGGCCUUUACCUCACAGGUAGGGUAGGUGGGAAGACUUGGCCGGGACUCGAACCCGUGACAGGCUGCGUCUAGGACCGAGGCCACCCUUCAUAGGGUUAAUAAUUUCUGCUACAACAGUCAUUUUCCCUCAAACUGGAGCACAUCCCCGUGUAAGGCCUCCUCCCCCUUGGCUUGUUGUAACCGCAUUUGGUCGAUGAGAUCAAACAUCUAUGUGAACGACCUUUGGAGGUCACUGGUCUCUAAAGAAGAAAAAAAACAACAACAACAAAAGGUGCUAUUCCGGCGAGGCGUGCCUCCCUCAGCUCGCAUCUGAUUGGUGUUGGGGAGGCGUUCGGCUGAAGGUGGAACCUGGGAGCCCAGAGCGCAGCGCUCACUGCGGCCGAGCCUCGCUGACCCGCAAUGCCUCGCUUUACCGUCCACAUCCGAGAUGAAUGGGUGGCAGUGGCCUGCCGGGACACCUCCAACAGCAUCCAGUGGCUCGGACAGGAAGCGCUGAAGCGGUACAUAAAGAACAAACCGGACAACGGCGGCAUCAAGUCUGUGAAGGAGACGCGGUUCUUAGUGCGCAGGUGCCAGGGCCUGGGCUUGCUGGACGCGGAUGACACCAUCGAUGAUGUGCUGGAGGAUAAUGACUUUGUUGAACUUGCAAUUGAGGGAGACACCAUGUCUUCCGACUUCAUCCCAUGUGAGCCUGGAGUUUCGAAUAUCACAGCUGCAUACAAAGAACCCGCAGAAUACAUUAGUUUGGAUGGCAACAGCCUGACUUCCACUGAUCUGGUCAACUUAGGCAGAGGACUCUACAAGAUAAAGCUAACUCCGGAGGCAGAGAAAAAGGUUGUGCAAUCACGAGAACUUUUGGACACCAUUGUCAAAGAAAACCGAGUUGUCUACGGAAUAACGACAGGUUUUGGCAAAUUUGCCCGAACUGUCAUUCCUGUCAGCAAGCUCAAGGAACUCCAGGAAAACCUGGUGCGGUCGCACUCAGCAGGUUUGGGGAACCCAUUGAGUCCCGAGAGGACCCGCAUGCUGCUCGCUCUGAGGAUCAAUGUUUUAGCUAAAGGUCACAGCGGGAUUUCUCUGGAAACCCUUCAAGCCAUGAUCCAGGCCUUCAAUGCCUCCUGCCUCUCCUUCGUUCCAGAGAAGGGGACGGUGGGAGCUAGCGGAGACUUGGCCCCCCUCUCGCACCUUGCCCUGGGACUGAUGGGAGAAGGGAAAAUGUGGUCCCCCAAGAGCGGAUGGGCAGAUGCCAAAUAUGUCCUGGAGGCCCACGGACUAAAGCCAAUAUCACUGAAACCCAAAGAGGGCAUUGCUCUGAUCAACGGUACCCAGAUGAUCACCUCUUUGGGGGCGGAGGCGGUGGAGCGCGCCCAGGCCAUCGCCCAGCAGGCGGAUAUCGUUGCUGCUCUAACGCUGGAGGUGCUGAAGGGAACCACUAAGGCCUUUGACAGCGACAUCCAUUCACUGCGUCCCCAUCCAGGCCAGACGGAAGUUGCCCUACGCUUUCGUUCGCUGCUGGACUCUGACCACCAUCCAUCUGAGAUCGCAGAGAGUCAUAGGUUUUGUGACAGGGUCCAGGAUGCCUACACCAUGCGCUGCUGUCCUCAGGUGCAUGGAAUAGCAAAUGACACAAUAAUGUUUGUGCAGAACAUCAUCAACACAGAAAUCAACAGCGCUACAGACAACCCUAUGGUAUUUGCAGAAAGAGGUGAAACCAUUUCUGGUGGGAAUUUCCAUGGAGAAUAUCCAGCAAAGGCUCUCGACUUUCUGUCCAUCGCUGUCCAUGAGCUGGCUUCCAUCAGCGAGAGGAGGAUUGAGAGGUUAUGUAACCCCUCACUGAGUGAGCUGCCUGCCUUCCUUGUUAAUGAGGGCGGCCUCAACUCAGGCUUCAUGAUUGCCCACUGCACCGCCGCUUCUUUAGUUUCAGAGAAUAAAGUUUUAUGCCACCCUUCGUCUGUGGACUCCCUGUCCACCAGCGCGGCUACAGAGGACCAUGUGUCUAUGGGAGGCUGGGCCGCUCGGAAAGCCUUGAGGGUUGUGGAACAUGUGGAGCAAGUUCUUGCCAUAGAGCUGCUGGCGGCCUGCCAGGGUAUCGAGUUCCUCCGCCCUCUUCGAACCACCACCCCGCUGGAGAAGGUCUACGAUCUUGUGCGCACCGUUGUCAAGCCAUGGAUGAAAGACCGAUUCAUGUCGCCAGACAUCGAAGCUGUUCACCGUCUCCUGCUGGACCAGAAGGUGUGGAAGGUGGCCAAGCCUUACAUUGACAAGUAUCAGACUGAAUACAUCCCAGAGUCUCGACCCAAUUCCCCCACUGCCUUCUCCCUGGAUCCCCCCGCGUCACCGAGGAAGCGCGUCCGUCACGAGUGA